AAACGAAACGCUGCCCAGCAGCAAAUCUCAACUGAAGCAUUCUGCUGCUGGGCAUUUUAGUGGUCGGGUUGAGGUGAAUGCGGUGUCGGAUUACGGCUUAUCGGCUUGGGCAUCGUACUAGAUACAGUGAAUUUACCCUUGAUAGGCUGUCAGCUGUGCUUAAAGGAUUAAUCAUGGUUUCACCAACAACUGUGAUUAAGAGCGUGGGUCCGAAGCUGGUGCCGUUCUUCAAGACUGCUGCGGUGUACUUUGUGCUGUUUAUCCCGGAGGACCGGCCUUCCUGGCUGGCGCUGGUCAUCAAGUGCCUGCCGAUCCUCUCGCUGCUCAUCUUCGUGUUACUGCACGGCAUGAGCCUCGGCGACGAGUACGCGUACGCGCGGCGCAUCAUGCUCGGCCUGAGCUGCUGCAUGCUGGGUGACGCGCUGCUCGUCUUCCCUGGCUUCUUCCUGGAGGGGAUGGCCGCCUUCGCCGCCGGACACCUCUUCUACAUAUCGGCCUUCGGCUUCAAACCCGUCAACCCGUACGCGGGCGCCGUGCUGUACUCGCUCGGAGCGGCCGCGCUGUACCUGCUGAUGCCGGGCGCCGAGGGUGUGUUCGUCGUCGGCCUGCCCGUAUACGCUGGCGCGCUCAUCACCAUGGUAUGGCGCGCCAUCGCCCGCGUCCGCCUGCUCGAGGACUUCUGGACCUGGACCAAACUGUGCUCCUGCAUCGGCGGCAUCUGUUUCGUCAUCUCGGACACGUUCAUCGGCUUCCACGUGUUCUACGGCGCCCCGUACAUCCAGGCGGCGGUGAUGGUGCUCUACUACGCCGGCCAGCUGGGCAUCGCCCUCAGCGUGGUCGACUCCAAGGCCUCCUACCUGGACGCCAGGCGCCGCGAGAAGCAGAAACUGACCGCCGACGGCGCUACAAAGAGCGCGCUCAACGCCGCCGCCCCGUGCGCCACAAUCGCCGCUGCUCCCUGCGCCACGAUCGCUGCCGCUCCGUGCGCUACAAUGGCUGCCGCCGCUGCCGUGGCCGCCGCUCAGUAGGUGGUGCUGCUGUCUACCCAGCAGUAUCGGCAUAGUCGGCUAGAAGGUGCCCUGCUGUCUGUCCAGCAGUAUCAGCUCAGUCAGCCCAGCAGCGGCCGCGGUGGCUGCUGAAUAGGUGUUCAGCACAGCGGCGGCCGCUAUGGGCUCACGCAGACUUUAGUUCAAACGGGCAUGGGCGUUAGUUCAAACAGGCAUGUGCGUUAGUUCAAACAGGCUCCCUCGCGGAUGUCGCGACCGGCUGGGAGGGAUGGCACAGCUCUCAGCGGAGCGAUCGUCCGCUGACUGCGCCGGAGCUUUAUCAGCCUUUAGUGGAGAGGGCGCCCCGGCCGGCGCGGUCCCGGUCCUAGCCCGCUCAGUAGAGCAGGUAUCCGCCGCGAGACGCCCGCGCCCCACCCUCGCACACCUGACCUCUGCUGGAAGACACUCGCGGAGCGGGUGCAUAUCGCGCUUUCAUUGGUGGUCGUCCGAGACGCCGAUCGCGGGUUCCAUGGCAUCAGCUUCCGGGGCCGGUGCUGCUACACAUUUCCUUUGAGGUUCAGAGCUUGCCUAGUGCCAAGGCUUCGAUUUGUCGGUCAUCUUGACCGAAUACCAUUAGGAAAAGUGAGAACGGAGGGAGCCUGGUGAUGCCUCUGAGUUUCAAUGUCUACCAUAGCGAGAGAUCUGUAAAUGCGUCGCGUGGUUCUGCCUCGAGAGAACUGCACGGGUGGCCGAGACGCCGCUUUGGUCUAAUGUAACGGGUCGACUGACACUGGUAUUGAUGUUACCGGCGGGCGCGUUAUAAGUUCGGGAUGAAGGGAGACUGCGGGACACCAGCGAUAUCGCCGAGGGAGCUGGGGGAGGAUGGGGGAGGGGUCCAUCCGCGGCUUACCAACGUUGCAGAGUGCAGCCCAAAAUCCUAAUGCAGGUGAAGUCAAAAAGUGUCGCUACUCGUAAUCAAAAAAGCCUCACAAAACUAAUGACUAGCACGGCCUUUCCCGAAUUGGCGCCGAUUCCGGCCGACCAUCCCAUCAGUGCUGGGUCGUCGGUAACUUAUGCGGCUCGCAGGGGCGCAGAACCACCAAACUCCCUUCCGUGCCUAGCUGGGUAGCACCUACCGUCUCUGAGUUCAGAAAUAUGGGGUCGUAAGGCUCAGCUGACGCACACGCUGGUGGGACCGACAGUUGAAUGUCGGCAAAACACAUCGUGCAAUGUUGGCCAUAAAUGGCGCACGCUCAGAUUAAGAAAGACGUGAUCCUUAUACCAAAUAGUUGGUAGGUUUUCAUCUCCUCGAUGUCGUAUGUCCUGUGUAGGCGACUGGUUUCCCGUCGGCUGGUUAUGUUUACACAUGUGCGCGUGCCGCGGCCCCGCCUCGUGUCGGCGCUAUGUCCCCCUGGCGCUUAUCGGCGCCCGUUUCAGCAGUCUUCCUUUGUUGACGUUGAGUUGAUGGUGCAUCGCCCCGAGCGCCGCGUACUUCUCGUUCACCUGCUCUCAGAGACUGAAUGAGCCUGUGUGUGAGAGAUCGGUGUCCCUGGCGUUUCCUCUCGGUACCUUUGUGGUUAGUUUUAAGUCAGAUCGUUGUUGUGACUGCUACCACGGGAGCCCACAAAUGGUCGAAGUAGUUUCUAUAAGUAUGGUCGAAGUAUAAGCUAGUUUCUAUAGUUAUAGCUGUAUUUUAUGGUGACUGAUACCGGGAUGCGCGCUUGGCUACGGCCGAGACCGAGCAUGCGUUUGGCCCCGGUAAUUUGCAAUACCAGGCUUGCCACCAACGUUCUUCAUUUUGUCACCUGUGAGGGGUCUCGGUGUAGUGACUGUAGUGCUGACGGUCUGCUCGGGCCGUGGCCCCUCCCUGUCCUCUGUAGUAUUUAGUAUAGUGUGCUGCAGGCGGUGCAGAGAAGACGACGAAAGUCUGAGGAAGGGUCACUGGAGCGGGGCUUAGAGUGCGGGUGGCCGCGGCUAGUGUCGGAUGCGGGCCGGGAGAGGGCGCCCUAGGACUAGCCGGGAGGCGGCGCCCCUGAACUGGCCGGGAGAUGGCGCCGGCGUUAGACUCAGGAAGCGGGACAGGGCACCGCAGUGAAUGGACCGUCUUUUCGUGGUCGUAUGUCAAACCAUACCGUAUUGUGUCGAUGUUUGCGGGCUACUCCGCACCUGGCUCCUGCCAAAUAUACAUACAUAUUCACCUCG